AUGCACACAGCAUUUUCUAUGGAAGAAUUGGGUCUCAUCAACUAUUUCUUGGGUUUCUCCGUUACUCCCUUUGCCUCCGACUAUUUUCUUUCUCAAACAAAGUAUGCUUUGGAAAUUCUUUCUAAAACUGGGAUGUUUGAUUGCAAGCCAACUCCUUCUCCCAUGUUAGUCAAGCCUUCUUCAAUAUCUUCUCCUACUGUGGCUUAUUCUAAUUCUUCCCUCUAUCACAAUAUUAUUGGUGCUCUCCAAUAUUUGACCAUUACUGGACCAUAUAUCUCCUUUGUUGUUAAUCAUGCCUGCCAAACUAUGCAUUCACCUUUUGAGACUAAUUUUGCUUCUGUCAAUCACUUGAUGCGAUAUCUCAAAGGUACCAUUCAUCAAGGACUGUCAUUUACUCCUGGUCCUCUUGAGCUUCAUGCCUUCUCUAAUUCAGAUUGGGGUAGGAGUGUACGGGAUCGUCGAUCUACCACUGGCUACUGUGUCUUUUUAGGUCCUAAUCUUAUAUCUUGGUCUGCCAAGAAGCAACCUACAGUCUAUCGUUCUAAUAGAAGCUGA